AUGGCUUCGACGACGGCGCACCAGCUCGUGGUGGUCCUGCUCGUUCGGGCCUUGCCGGUGGCCAUGUCCGCGUGCACCAGUGAGGUCUUCCCAUCAGGGAAGACGUACGUGACGUGCCAGGACCUCCCGGAGCUCGGCGCGGCGCUGCACUGGACCUACUACGCCGACGCGUCCGGGCCGUCGCUGUCGCUGGCGUUCGUGGCCGCGCCGGCAGCGCCCGGCGGGUGGGUGGCCUGGGGCAUCAACCCCACUGGCGGCAACGGCAUGGUGGGCACGCAGGCGCUGCUGGCGUUCGUCGCUGGCGGCGCCUCCUCGUCCGCGUCCACGCCCACCGUCAGAACCUACAACAUCACCAGCUACUACGCGGUCGGCGCCGCCUCGACGCCCAUCGCGUUCCCCGCCACUGGCCUCGCCGCCGAUGACGUGGGCAGCGGCGGGAGGAUCCGGCUGUACGCCACGCUGAAGCUGGACGAGGGGAUGAAGGUGGUGAACCAGGUGUGGCAGGUCGGGUCCUCCGUCACCAGAGGAGCGCCUGACGUGCACGCCAUGGCCCCCGAAAACCUGGCUGCCAUGGGCAAGCUCGUCCUCACUGUCGGGGCUGCCGCAAGCCCUCCAGCUCACGCCGGCGGCCAGUCCAGCGACAGGUCGUCUUCUUGGCCGCCGUCAGGCAGGCAGAUCCCACGGGCGGCAGGCACGCACAGGGUCUCCCCGACGGCACACGUUGUACUGGCAUUGCUGGGUUUCUGGGCGAUGGUAGGAUAG